AGUGAAGUAACGUGAAGUAACUGUAUUUAAUUUUUAUGCACCUUUUGUUCCUUCUUUGCAGUGGGCCACACUUAGGAUAGAGAGAGGAGCAAAAGAAAUGAAUCACCCCUUGUACAAACCCUACUCGAAUGCUAUCAUUGCCAAGGAGCCCACCUCUUUGGAGGAGGAGAUCAAGGAGAUCCGGCGGAGCGGCAGCAACAGAGACCUGGACUCAGCCCCUGAGUUCGAGAUGUCUGACAUCUUUUAUUUUGCUCGGCGAGGAGUGGAGAGCAUCAUGGACGAUGAGGUGACCAAGCGGUUCUCUGCUGAGGAGUUGGAGUCCUGGAAUCUGCUGACCCGCAGCAACAACAACUUCCACUACAUCAGCUUGAGGCUGACCGUCCUAUGGGGGCUGGGCCUGCUGAUCCGCUACGGCUUCCUGCUGCCUCUCAGGGUAACCCUUGCCUUCACUGGUGUAGGCCUCCUUGUGGUCCUCACGUCUGUUGUCGGGCUGCUGCCGAAUGGAAGGAUUAAAAACUUUCUGAGUGAGAACGUCCAUUUGAUGUGCUACAGAAUAUGUGUCAGAGCUCUGACUGCCAUUAUAACCUACCAUGACAGUGAGAAUAAACCCAAGAAUGGGGGAAUCUGUGUCGCCAACCACACCUCGCCCAUUGAUGUCAUCAUCUUGGCUAGUGAUGGCUGCUAUGCUAUGGUUGGUCAAAUUCAUGGUGGCUUAAUCGGGGUCAUUCAGAGAUCCAUGGUCAAGGCCUGUCCACAUGUUUGGUUUGAACGCUCAGAAGUGAAAGACAGACAUCUAGUGGCCAAAAGAUUGAGUGACCACAUAGAAGAUAAAACUAAACUACCCAUCCUCAUUUUCCCAGAAGGUACCUGCAUCAACAACACAUCAGUUAUGAUGUUUAAGAAGGGCAGUUUUGAGAUUGGUGCCACAGUCUAUCCUGUGGCCAUUAAGUAUGAUCCCCGAUUUGGGGACGCCUUCUGGAAUAGCAGCAAGUUUGGAAUGGUGAACUACCUGUUACGUAUGAUGAGCAGCUGGGCCAUCGUUUGCAGUGUGUGGUACCUUCCUCCCAUGUCUAGAGAGGAGGGUGAGGAUGCUGUACAGUUUGCCAACCGUGUAAAGGCAGCCAUAGCCAGGCAAGGUGGACUGGUGGACCUCCUGUGGGACGGAGGGCUGAAACGAGGAAAGGUAAAAGAUACCUUUAAAGAAGAGCAGCAGAAACUGUACAGUAAAAUGCUGGUGGGCACCCAAGAGGACCGGAGUCGCUCCUGAAGGACCUGUGUAGACGUGGACUGGCUCAGAGACCCACUAGGGCGCCUCUGACUAAAUAAGCAGUCAGCAGGGCUCUCUUCCUCCCUACUGGUGCUCCUGGACUGGAAAAUUCCCUCUCUGAUGUCAACAGUACUCCAUUUGGCUUCCUUGGUCACUGCCUCAGCUUGGCUUGUUCAGUUUGCAUCGCUGUUACGGGUCAUUCUGAGUCUGCUGCCCUUUUGUUGGAAAAGCUCGACUGAAGCCUUGCUUGCAUUAUAAUGAAAGUAGGGUGCACACAGUACAGGAGCAUUGUCUUCCUUGGUGGCAGUCUUUUGAGGGAAAACUUGUAUUAUUAUCUAUCAUUGAGUUCCUGUCUUUGUUGGAUAGUUUUAACUUUUUAAUUUUCAUUUUACUGUCAUGUUUGUAUGAUGCUGUGGGAAAGUUACAAACCUGAUUAUACCUGGGAUGUAGAGUUACUGUAGAUUUAAAAAAAAGAAAACUAGUUUGUUUUAAAGCUGAAACCUGAGUUUGGGUUUUGCAUGACUGGCUCUCGUGCCCGUGAUUUAUGGCACAAUGCCAGAUUUUGUUACAUUUCAGAUAUUUUUAUGGGCUUUUUCCAAGAGAAAAAAAAUCUUGUAUUUUAAACUUUGUGUUUUACAUUAAGACUUGUAUCAACACAUCUGGUCACUAUAGGAAUUACAUUGCAGAUGAGCUCUCGAUAUGUUGUCCGUUUCUGUGUUUUUCCACAGAAUGUGUAAAUCCUCACAUUAUGAAGUGGAAAUUGUGCACCCAGUUUGUCUGAUGGAGGUUUAUGGAUUGAGGCAGAUACUAAUGUUCCAGCUAAUAACGCAGCAUAACUGGAGUAAAAGGGUUUUAUAGUCCAUUCAUUAAGAAUUUAUUUGAGAUGCUUUUAGCAUUAAGGCCCAUGGCACAGCUAGUGAUGUAAGAUAACGACCAUCACAACUGGUCACCUGACUAAAACAUAGUUAUAAUGACAAUUAGUUGAUACAUGUCCAUACUAAUACACCUCCUAACAGGCAUCAUGUUUUCAUUGCCUUCCUGCUUGAGCAGUGACCAUCUUGCCUAAUUUAUUUUAAAUUUCAUCAACAAACUUUCUCCUACUUGGCAGCCUCUUCAGAGAGGUUUAAAGGAGAGACAGAGUGCAGCUGUAGUUUGGACUCUCCGUUAGGCUGGAGUUGAGGAACAUGGUGGGCAGCUUUCAGGAGGUUUCUCCCUGAGGCUCUCAUCCAUCUAAUUUGCUGUUAUCAGGGAUAGUCGUUUAGACUGUCAAAUCUGUUCAUCAAAAUAAAUGUUCAAGAAUGUGACUCUA